CUCUGUCUUCAACCGUCUCGCAUUACUCUGCAGAAAAUGUCGAUCUCAGACAGAGCUUGUGUCUGAGAAAGAGAUUUUUCUUUUUCUCAGAGAGAUUUUUCUUCUCCUCUUUCUCGAUCGCGAUUCCUAUUUAUCGUUUUCCGCGUCGUUUGGGGAAGAUUCCAAAUCGCGAAUUUUCACCUUCGUACAGCUGGAGCUGAAGUCUCUGCAUUUCUCUCCAUUUCUGGAAGUUUAUGUGAUUUUUUAUCUUUUUUUGGGAAAUUAGAGUUAGGGUUUCAUAGUCUAAUCUGAAAUGCGUGUUUGAUUGGGUUUGGACGGAUUUGGAGGUGGGAAGAGCGUCUUUCUGGGUGGUGUUUGGAUUUAUCAGGUGGUUAGAUAGAGGAUUUUUUCGGGUUUUAUUUGAUUUGAAGAGGUUAGGGUUAGGGUUUUGUUGUUUGAGAAGAUGCAGUAUGUGAAAAUGGCGGUUGCUCGGUUUCUCAGUUUUUUACCUCGUUGAAUAGUGUAGAAUGUGGUGAGGAAUUUGUAGGUUUUGUUUUAGGAUGUGAAAUUGGAAAAAUUAGGGUUUAAAGAUAGUAGGUUUUUGUGAAAUUGAUUUUAGAAAUUUGGUCGGAAUUCUUUUUGAUAGGUUGAUUUAGGGUUUAGGAAUGGAAAAAGGAGUUCGAUUUUAAUGAACUUGAACGCAAAAAAAAAUAAAUAGGAAUUUUGAUUGGUUUAGCAGAAGAGAAUGAUGAAUUUGGGUAUGAAGGUGGUGGGUUUUUGAAUUCAAUGGUGGAACUGUGAUAGGAUUUUUUUCGUUAGAUUGAAUACACUAGGGUUUAAGAGUGAUAAAAGAGGGGAGCUUUGAUGAAAUUAAGGUUGGAGUUUUGAGAAUUUUGUGUGAUUUAACGAAGAAAGGCCUUUUUUUUUGGGGAGGUUGAUGUUGAUUAAACAUGCCAAGCAUUAGAGCACCAGCUUCGAAACAAACUGCAACCCUCUUGGUAGCUGUGAAAUGCAGGCAAUUGACCGAGGUAGAAGGACGAAGAAGGCGCAAUAUUAUUCAAGUUACUGAUGAUAAGGGCAUCACAGUUUUGGAUCCCGACCGAGAAAAGGAUUACCUCAACCGCAUCCAAAAUCGGACCAAAGAACGAAGAUAUUUAUUUGAUCAUGCAUUCGGACCUGAAUGUACAAAUAUGGAUGUCUACAGGAAGAGCAUUUCUUCUACCAUUGCUGGAGUCAUUCAAGGUCUCAAUGCUACUGUAUUUGCAUAUGGUUCAACUGGAAGUGGUAAAACAUACACAAUGGUCGGAACCCAUGAUGAUCCUGGACUUAUGGUUCUCAGCUUACAUACAAUUUUUGACCUUAUCAAGAAGGAUGAUAGCUCGGACGACUUUGAAGUCACUUGUUCCUACCUUGAAGUCUACAAUGAAGUUAUAUACGACUUGCUUGAAAAAUCGUCUGGGCAUUUAGAGCUUAGAGAGGAUCCUGAGCAAGGAAUAAUUGUAGCUGGCCUCAGAUGUAUUAAGGUCCACUCAGCCGAUAGGAUUCUUGAACUCUUGAAUUUGGGAAACAGCAGGCGCAAAACAGAAAGCACAGAGGCAAAUAAAACAUCUUCACGAUCACAUGCUGUUUUGGAGAUCACUGUGAAAAGGAAAAGAAGAAACCAGUAUCGUGGUCAAGUUCUCCGUGGAAAACUCGCACUAGUAGAUCUUGCUGGCAGUGAAAGAGCUUCUGAAACAAACAGCGGAGGCCAAAAGCUUAGAGAUGGAGCCAAUAUUAAUCGGUCACUUCUUGCUUUGGCAAACUGCAUCAAUGCUCUGGGAAAGCAACAGAAGAAGGGUCUUGCAUAUGUCCCUUACCGCAAUAGCAAGCUUACACGGAUUCUUAAGGAUGGUCUGAGUGGUAAUUCUCAAACAAUCAUGGUAGCUACAAUAUCGCCUGCAGACAAUCAGUACCACCACACUGUUAAUACCUUGAAGUAUGCUGAUCGAGCAAAGGAGAUCAAGACACACAUUCAGAAAAAUAUUGGCACUGUUGAUACCCAUGUUGCAGAUUACCAACGGAUGAUUGACAAUCUUCAGAUAGAAGUUUGCCGAUUGAGGAAGGAGCUAGCAGAGAAGGAAUCACAAUUAAGUGUAAAGCCUGCUGAAAAAGCAGCGGAUGAUGAGCUGUCUUGGUUGAAUGUUUUGAGCCAUGAAACCAAUGAAAAUGUUCAGGAACGCAUAAACCUACAAAAGGCAUUGUUUGAGCUUGAGGAAACUAGCCUUCGUAACCGAAUUGAGCUCCAACAUCUAGAUGAUGCCAUUGCCAAGCAACAGGCGAUUAAAAAGGAUGAAGCAGCUCUGCAGUCUUUAAGAUCAAGGAGGCAGGUUAUUCUUGAUAACAUCCGUGACAAUGAUGAGACUGAGGAUAGUUACCAGCAGGAGAUAGAACUAAACGAGAAGCAGCGGUGCCAACUUCAAGAUAUGAUUGAAGAAGCCAUAAGUAACAAUGGUAAUAGAACCUACUUGCGCAUUCUCAGUCAAUACAGGCUUCUGGGAAUGGCUAAUACUGAACUUCAGUUUGAAAUGGCGAUACGUGAUCAAGUCAUAAACAAUCAAAGAGAAGCCCAGCGGAACCUGUGGAACUUGAUCAUGGGAUUAGGACUUGAUCAGAAACAGAUAAUGGAGCUAGCUGCCAAACAAGGAAUAAUAAUCGAAGACUGGACUAUGCCCAAUGGUGUGGCCCUCAGUCCAAAGCAGUCACCAAUUCGGGCUAAUGGCAAAUUCUCACCAUUCUGGUCUCAUCCAGGCAUCAAUGAACAGUCAUAUGCGUCAACAGCUUGUGUUUUCCAGCAUCGCCAAGAUUUCAGUUCCAUGGCUUGUUUCAAUGGUCAAUGGGAUGGUCGCACCGUAUGCAGGCAGGAGCACCAUAGUUCCUACUACUUGAUGUCUCAUGACCACUCUCCGUCAGCCUAUCUCGGUAUGAGGAAGGGAAGUGAGCCUGGGGCGGGUGGAAAACCAGUUCCAUGCUUCUACACGCCUGAAAAAGGGGCUCAAGAUGCAUGCCGUUCGUAUCCGGAGGUGAGGCCUCAGUCUUACCCAUGGAGUGAAGAAACCCACCUUUCUACGCCUUCUUUCCGUGAUGAUUUAGGCCAGCGGCAGAAGGAUGCAUGGCAUACAAAUAUGCAGCAGCUGCCAGGGGUCAUGCCUGUCACCGGCAGCAGCCACAGUUCAUGCAAGGAGAUUGCAAGGCAUAGUGGUGUGGCCCGACCUUUGUUUGCUAACUCUACAGAGCUCACCAAAGGUAUGCCUAAUUCCCCUAAUUUUUUCCAUAAUACACUGUCGGGCUGUCCAGAUCUGUCUAAGUUGCAGUUGUCAAGGGCUUUCAGUUCCCUUACUCCUGAAUACAAGGGUCACCCCUCCAAUUUUGUAUAGGCUUCUUGCUGUUUUUUCUUUUUUUUCUCUCUUUUUUUCAUGUAAUAUUUACCAAUGAAACAGUGAUUCUGAUUUUGCCCCUUCCAAGUUGUGUUCUUUAAUUUUCUAUGUAAGAAGAUGUGUAGCUUUCGGUCUCAUUGGAAAAUCUGAAAUGAACAGUUGAAUGCCCAAAUAAUAAUAAUAACAAUAAAUUCCUGACA